AAGAAAGAAAGAAAGAAGAGGCUACUUUGGGACGGUCCAGAUGAUCUUAUUCCGAUGGAUCCGUUGAUUUGUUCUUCGCUUUCCUUGUUCCGACAUUCGCUUGCUUUUCUCUCGCUGUCUGCGCCGGUCCUGCUCGUUUUCCUUUCUUUUCUCGCCGGAGCUCUUCCUCUUCGGACCCUUGAGAGUGCGAAGAAGAUGAGAUGGGCAAUGGAGGCGGAGGAGAUGGAGGUGGUGCUGGAGAGGAUCUGGGACCUCCACGACAAGAUCAGCGACGCAAUACACGCCAUCUCGAGGGCCCAUUUCCUCAAAUCCAUCCGAACCCUCGCCAAAUCCUCGCAGGAUAAGGUCUACCCGGAGGCGGAGGUCGCUCGAGGUGGCGGCGAAGGAGGAGGGGGAGACGGUGAACGCGGCGGAUGCUUCGUGUUCGUGAAGGGCUUCCGGGCGGAGAACGACGAGGCAGCGAUAGCGGAGGCGAAGGGCCUCAACGCCAUCAGGACCGCUCUGGAGAACCUCGAGGACCGGCUUGAGUACUUCCACACUGUACAAUCUCAACAGCAAGCAGAAAGAGAUGCUGCUUUAGCACGAUUGGAGCAAAGUCGAAUUAUGCUAGCAAUGAGACUGGCUGAUUAUCAUGGUAAGAAAUACAAAGUCAUUGAGGAUGCUAUGGCUUUUGUUGGCAAUGUACAUGACACAUACCAUUUCAUUGUACCUGAAAACCUCUUCAAUAUGGCAAGACGUCAACUUGGUGAGAAUUUGGAAAACUGUGAGGGGAAAAGAUCGAAUGCCCUCAUGCAUAUGUUGAUAUCUGUUUUCAAACUGGCCAAAAAUACUGUCAAAAUAGAGAAUAUUGGUAGUAUAUUAGGGAAUGCUGCUCUCUUUGCCAUCAGCAUGCUUUCUUUACUGCAGCUGCAUCAGGUGGCUUGUGACAGUGAAACUCCACAUGUUUAUGAUACUGCUACUUACAGGAAGAGCAAUCAAAAGAAUACUUCCUGGCUGGAUUGUUCUCAGGGUAAUCAGAUGAAGCCUUUCAAUGUAAUGUCAGCUAGAGGCUAAGGGGAAGAAGUUGAUGUCUUGGAAUGAGGUUUGUAGAUGCUAACUGAAAUUGUUGCGCAAUAAGUAAAGCUGUUCUUUGAGUUGUGAGUGGAAGCAUGUUACAGCUGUUGUACCACGAUAUCAGCCAAUGUUUUUUUCUGCCCCUUUUCUUUUGGGGGGCUCUGAUAAUGAUUUGUUUUUUUUGCUUUCAA